UAACCAUGAGAAUUGCAUACUUUGUGUCCAACUAUGAGAUUGGCCUCCUCAUACUGUAUUGGAUAGAUACUUUACUGAAGUUGUUAUACACAACUUGGUUUAACAGAAUGAUGUUUUACAUGAUUUCAGUAAUGCUAGCCACACACUUCAUUCAUCCGCAUUUGAGAAACCACGCUAUUAUUUCAGGUCUUCUGUAUUUUCCCUCUUCUUUUAUAUGAAUGUUUGUUACUGAAGUAGAUGGGGUGCUCUGGUUUGUACUAGCAGCUUUACCUAUAAUAAACACUGUGAUUCUUCUGAAAUUUGGAAGAUUUGAAGUAAUUGACCCAACUGGCCCUUAUGGAGUUGGCCAUAAAUUUGAAACGAUAGAGACAAAGACAGGAAACAUUCUCUGUUCAAUCUUCUACCCUAUAGAUAAAGAAGAGUAUGAUAACGGCAAAGAUGAUCCAAAGAAGAAUAUUGGAUGGUUUGGACUUGGCUCUAAAGGCCUGAGUACUGUAUCCAAACUGUUUGAAUCAAACUCUAUUUUCGAGCAGGAUAUCACUACUUAUAGAAUCGCAUGUGUUAAAGAUGCAGAUUUGCACAAAGAUUUCUCUACUAAGAGCAAGAAGCUGACACCUGUAAUCUCCUCACAUGGCCUUAUGUCAUCAAGGAACAGACUUUCAGGUAUUACCUCCGAGAUGGCAAGUCAAGGAUGUAUUGUGCUCUGUCUUGAUCACACUGACGGAUCAUCAUUCUCUUACUGUGACGAAAAUGAAGAAGAAGUCGGGCAGUUUGAAGAUUAUGAUAAGGAAGUUCACAAGUGUAAAGAGAAUGAAUAUAGAGCCCAACAACUUGAUACCAGAAUGCAAGAUAUCGAAAAAUUGUUAGAUUUUGCCAAAGAGAACUUUCCUGAUGAUAAAUGGAACAUUGAAUGGGACCACCUUGUCGCUUUUGGGCACUCUUUUGGAGGAAUCUCUGCUGUUGAAAUGUGUCAAAAAUUCCCUGAAAAUUUCAAGAUUUGCAUUGCUUUAGAUCCAUAUUAUAUGCCAAGAUAUAAGGAGAUUGAAGGAGAACAAAAUUAUUGUGUAAAGCAGCCUCUCUUGUUGCUAAACUCAGAAUUUUUCUAUAAGGAUAAAUCAGGACCAGUCGCUAUAACUGAGUUUGAUGGUAUCAAAUGUGGUGAUAAACUAUUCAAGGAUUCUAAAACAGCCUCUGGAGGGGAGCAAAAUCACAACAUAACCAUUAAGGGGACUGGCCACUCAGAUAUGUGUGAUGAGAGACUUUACUACUACAAUGUAUUCAAGAAGUUUGGACAUUGUGUAGGAGAAAAUAUUUAUGAAGUAUUUAUCAGUGCUGUGUUGGCUUAUAUGGGCGAAACUGGUUAUCUUCCAGUCAAAUAUCCAAAGAGCCUAGACCAAGUUGUCAAGCAAUAUGUUUAA